AUGCUAAGUGAUAGAGUGUGUGGAGAGUUUGAAAGUAUAUGGAGGUUUUUUUCCGAUGAUUUAACUGAAUCUAGAGAAUAUGAUUUUAAGUCGUCAAUGCUUAAGAAUUACUGCCCUAUACCUGGAAACUGCAAUAACGAUAUCGAUAAGAUUAAUGCUGGGUGUUUAUGGUUAUUUAAUCAAUUUUAUGGGAAUAGUAAUAAUUUUUCGAUUUAUGCUAAUGGAAAUAUGAAUAUUGUUGUAUACUUUAUGACGUGGUUAGGCUAUAAGUUAAAUCAAAAACCACAAAGUGGAGUCAACAAGUUUAACGACUUUUAUAGUAAACAUAUGAAAGAUGUCAAGGAGUAUACGAAUAAUAUAAAUGAUGUUACGGGGUAUACAAGUUAUAUUGAUCUUAUAAAUAAAAAAGAAAAUUUGAUGGAUAUUGAUAUUGAGUUUAUGUCUAAAUUUUAUGAUUUAUUUAAAAAUUUGUGUAAAAUGUAUAAUGAUUUUUCAAAGACGAGCAAUAAUAGGAAAAAGUAUAUAGAAUAUGCUGAAGAAUUUGUUAAAAAUUAUAAGGAUCUUAAUGAAGAUUCUAACAAUGUUGAAGGAAGUUCAUAUAAUCAAAUAUUGACUACAUUAUCAAAUGAUUAUAAUUAUUUUAGAGAUAGUUAUGUUCAUUCUAAUAUAAGAAAUACACUUCCAGAACUUAUAAAGGAAAAAACACCACAUGUUUCUGUAUCAAAUACUAAAGAAACACAAAUUCAUGAACCGUCGGGUGAAAUACCAGAAUCAAGAUCUGAAACUGAUAUAUCUAGUUCGAAAGAUAAAGUAUCAGAUUUUGAUUCAGAAUCACCAAGUUCAUCGAUAUUAAAUAAAUUAAUUUCAAUUCCAUUUAUAUUUGUUGCAACACUAAUUUUAUUAGGAAUUGCAUAUAAGUAUUCGUUAUUCGGAUUUCGGAAACGAUCUCAAAAACAUUUAAGAGAAAAGCUAAAAAAAUAA